AUGGCGCCGAGGAAGGUAGCCAGCCCAACAAGGCCGCGACGCGUCACUCGAGCCCGCGCUGCCGACAGCAAUAAUCCAACCCCCACCGAAGAUCCUCUCAAACGAAAGUCAGCAACCAAAGCUGCCGUCCCCACAACAAGCGCUGCAAAGGCCAGCGAAGCAAAGUCACGCGUUACGAAGAAAACAGCCACACCUACUGCUGCUAAAGCGACCACACGAGCGGCGAGAUCAAAAAAAACAGCGCCACCUACUACUGUUUUAGAGAGCGAUAAUGAAGAGGAAGACGUCGUCACAAUUUCCAUGCCACAAUCCCGAGCAAAGCCGUCACGACCAGCUUCACGCAACAUGGCUGCAAAGUCAACUGCAACAACUGAAUCUUCGCUGGCAGCAGCUCCUCGGAGACGCAUUAAAGUGACACCCUUGGAUGCCGUUGCUAGCGAGCCUGAACCUGAUCCAGAGUCAAAGUCUGAGAAGAAGGCUAGUUCGAGAGCUAAAAAGGAGAAAUCUGCUGCCACGGGCUCAACAGCAACGUCGAGAAGUAAGCGUACUAUUGACGCUGUCAACCGUGAUGAGCCCAAGGAUGAACUUGCAGACACAGAUAUGGCCGAGGCUAAGCCCAAAAAGCGAGGCAGAGCUCGUGUCAAUGCCGUGGAGGUAGAGGAACUGCCCGCCAUUAACGAGAAAAAAGAUGAAGAAGCGCCCAAAACUCGGGGAAGGCCAAGGAAAGAGAAAUCUCAGGCUCUGCAGACCCAGAACGAGUCGGCAGUGUCGGUUAGACAGACUCGUGCACGCGCUGGAUCUACUGCUUCCGCCCCGAGUGUCGAGCCAACGAUUUCCGUGGUGGUUCGCAAGAAGAAGGUUACUUUCCAGGACAUACCAGAUGAAGAGGACGAGAAAGAAAACUUCAGACCUGCUACGAAGGCAGGAAAGAAAUCAACAACUACUUCAACUAAAAAAGCCGAGCCCUUGGGUCGAGGCAUACGAGCCAAACCAAUUCGCAAGCCAGCGCCUGCUACAACUACAAAGACCACGAGAGGCAGGGCAGCUGGGAAGAAUGCGAAGGAGACUGAUACCGAGGUAUCUGAAAAGAUUCAACAGAGAGCUCUCACGCCAAAGAAGAUUACUCAGGUUGCCAAGGCUGAGGUUGGUGAUAGCGAUGCGUCGGAGGACGAGCUUGCAGGUGCAAAAACUCCUGUUCGAGACCUGAGCAUGUCCCCAAAGCGAGCAAUUGUUGCCUCAAUACAACAAUCCUCUCCUGUAAAGAAGCUGGACUUCACGCCUGCCCUCAGUGCUCGACCUCAAUCGCCGAAGAAGCUUGAUGGCAUGGACAGCAUUGGCAUCUUAAGUCCACCUCGUCGAAACCCUGCAUCUCCAGCGAAAGACAUUUAUGAUCAAUCUCCCCGACGGGCACCAGAGGGAGUGACUGUCUUCCGGGCCCACCUUCUUGACUCAAGCCACGGUAGAGUCCUUCCCUUCAAUGCGACCAACAGCCAAACGCAGCUUCUCCAAUUACCCAGGCGAGGGGUCCUUGAAGCUUCAAUCUUCCCUGCCUCGGCAGCCAAACUAUCAAAGUCACCAUUCAAGGCUUCAUUGCUGUCCUCGCCAGCUCGGCGAUUGUUCUCACCAUCGAAACAGAAGACCCCAGCUCGGAUCUCACCGAUACCCUUGAAAAAAACGAGUGUCACGCCCCUAUCAGCGGUCGGCUCUGUCAAGAGUCCGGGGAAUGUUGAUCUUGCAAUGACUUCACAUUUCCGCUCGUCAAUGUCUCCUCAACGCUCAGCAAGAGUGUACAGAAUGAGUGAUGAUGAGUUGGCCGAGGAAAUGGGCGCAGACCCUGACUUUGAUCAAUCAGUAUUGAAUGUGCGAAGCCCUCUCAAAGUUGAUAAAGUCAUGCUGGCCUCCAAUGAACCUGCAGAGGAGAUGCAAGACGAGGAUCCAUUCGCUCAAAGUAAUAUUGUGCAAGAGGUUGAUCAGGCUGAAGGAGAUAAAUAUUUUCCACUUCUUCCUCUUCCUUCCUCUUCCCCAGCCUCCUCCGCAGUCACUGCUCUUUCCCCAACAAUGUGUCUGGCUGCGGAAGCAGAUCUAGUUGGCGAUGAGACAAUCGCAGAUCCCGAGCAAGAAGAGGGUGAAUCAUCUGAAAUAAAAGGACAGGGCCAUUCAUCUCCUUCAGCUUCAACCCCAAUGUCUGAGCGUGAGGAUUCGGUCGUCCACCACCCUGAAGCAGCUGCCAAUAGACCUAGAAUGUCGAAUAUUCUUUUCAGCCGCCUCCGGGAUGGUGGAGAUGAGUCUGAUGACGAGCUUGCGGGAGAGCAAACGCCUGAAAUCAGACCAUUCAGGCCUUCAUUCCGACCCAUUCCGAACCAAUCUGACCUUCGGUCUCGACUAUCUACUGGCAUUGCUCCUCCAAGCGCCUCGCGAAAUCUGGGAUUCACUCCUCUCGCGGCACGGGUUCGAGGUUGGGCUGCUUCCAGUCCAGAAAAGAAAGUCAAAGCAAGCGACAUUGCAGCUCAAUCGAGAGGCCUGUUCUCUCCUCUUGCUCAGGUGCACGUGGAAGGAUCGGUUGAGUUGAAUAGACAGCCUACCCCCGGGCGGUCUGCUUCCAAGAGAAUGUCGUUGGCGUCUCACCGACAGUCCUUUGGUCCGUCUGUGACUGGAAGCCCGGCAAAUCCCGAAUUUUUCGCAGAUGGCAUGGCAGCUCAGGAUUUUGAGGACCAAAAUGAGGUUCAGGAAGACCAAAAGGGAUCCCUGGUUGGAAUUGACGAUCUGCACAAGCUCGUCCAAGAAGAUAAAGAAGAGCAAAAUCUCGUCCCGUCCAAGCCUGUUGACUCUCUCGAACCAUCUUCGGAGAGUGAAGAGGAGAACUCAUCCGAGGAUCUAGACAACGAGCCGGGUGAUCUCACGACUGAUCUGAUCAAGUUUACUAAUGCCUCUGAAACUGCGAUGGUGGAUUUCAAAGCCUUGGCCAGUGAAGCCGCAGAUCUGGCAGAUGAAGGGAACCAGGAAGAUGGUGAAGCUGAUGCUAUUGACGUCGAAGAUACGUGCCUUCCACACAUUGCCUCUAAGUUGGAUAUGGUGUCCGAAAAACUCUCUUCUUUGAGCACGUCCUCGGAGAAUUAUGCGGAUGAGAAUGUUGCACCAGCUGAAGAACAUGUUGUGGUUCCACAGCCUGAAUUUCAGAAAGAUGAGCACCUUUUAGAAGAGCAUGUAUUGGCAAACCAAACCGUACCAGAAAUCGAACCGGAGGAAGAGCACCAUGUCUCGGACGAGGAGGUAUUGGAAGAUACCGUACUCAUUCAUCGUGAUGAUUCAAACAAGCUGGCAAUCACCAUUGCACCAGGCGAAGAAUCGGAAUUCCAACACAAAGUCAAUGUUUCGACCAGUCUCGCGAUCACGCCGUCAGCUGUCGUCUCGAGCACUGCGGGCCUGAGCAAAGACAUUGAGCCCAUUGACUUCAAUGUCACACCCAUUCGUCCUGAUCCUAGUCUACCGCGGUAUAUCAAUACUGUGGUCUCGAAGGUUCCAUUACGUCCUGAGGGAGAUGUGCCUCCUGAUGCUUCGCCUUUGAAGGUUGUGAGGAAAAGAGCUCGAUCUCUUUCCUCUGCCUCGUCACUGGCAGUCAAGAGACGAAGCCUUGGUCUCAGCGCCGAUCCUCUUAGUUCCGGAAAUGAGCACCUGGCUACACCAAAUGCCAACAACCAGAUUGGCUCUUCUCCACGGAGACGCAUUCGUAGCGCAGCACCCAGCCCAGCACAUUCAUUGUUCUCGACCAACACAACGCCGGGACAGAUCAGCUUUGCUGUUGACGACUUCGGAGACAGCACUCUUGAUGGGAUAGAAUUGCCUGAAGAUGAACUGAUGUCUGACGAUAUUGAGGACGACGCGACUCCUGCUCGACAUCACAAGGCAGGGGCAGGGGGCCAUGACGAUACCUUCAUGACCAUUGGUUCCACCCUCUUCAAGACCCCUAUUGCAUUGGCAAAGAAAGGUAGCAAUGUCCUAUCGUCAGUCCAGUCCAACCAAACAAGCACACCACAUUAUGCCAUGAGCACCAAGUCAAGCAAGAUCCGCAACGAGAUCGCUCCAAUGCCUACACCCUCUAAAGCCGCUGUGAUGAACGCUAGAACUCCUGCUACUACUUCCAAGACAAAGACACCCAUGGCACUCUCCAAGGGCAAGACACCUGCUAAACCCCCUGGGACAAGCCGAACGCCACUACGAACAGUUGGCAAUGGGGUUUUGACAGGUGCAGUGGUUCACGUUGAUGUUCAUACCAGUGAAGGUGCCGAUGCGUCAGACAUCUAUGUGGCGCUGCUAACCAUGAUGGGUGCUCGCUGCAUCAAGGAAUGGAGGUGGAAUCCUCGUGCAAGUGUUGCUCCGGCAGUGGCCGCACGAGAGGAGCCGGUUCUGGCAGAAACACCGUCGUCAAGCAUCGGCAUCACGCACGUCGUUUAUAAAGACGGCGGGAAACGUACGCUUGAGAAAGUCCGUGCGGCCAAAGGUCAAGUCCUCUGUGUUGGUGUUGGCUGGGUUCUCGACUGUGAGCGUGAAGGAAAAUGGCUUGAUGAGACGGGGUACGAAGUGGACUCGGCCAUCAUUCCUAGAGGAGGCUCCAGAAGACGCAAGUCGAUGGAGCCAAGAAUGCUCAUCAAUGCCAACGGACUACUGUCUGCAAAACGUGAUGGAAGACGCUCCAUUAGUGCUGAAUAUGCAGGCCUCACGAACGAGAUGAGAUUGGACCUAAUCAAUACCCCAGUUCGAGGCAGAAAAACGCUAGUCGGAGCAGAAGAUGAGAAUUCCGAAGCCGAUUUGGAAGAUUCUAUUGUCGUCAAUGCUCAGGCUGGUGACGAGUCUGAGAUCUCAUCAACUUACAAUUCUCCUACGGCAGCCACGAUUGGGGGUGGAGGUGAAACUGCUGACAUGGGACGCUUGCUGGCAAAUUCUGAGGCUGGAGAGGAAGGGGACACGGAAAUCGGGGGCACGCCAAACUUCAGAUCAUUGACUCGCAAUGCUAACGUGUCCACUCCUCAGACGACAUCUCUUGCCGUCGACUACGACCCACGCACGGCGGCAACGCCAUUGACGCCCUACCUCAUCGCCAAAGGCAAAGGCCUCGUCCAAAUGAGCGCCCCUCCGAAACAGAUCCAAAAGGGCCUCUUUGAGCGUGAUGAAGAUGGGGAAAAUUCUCUUCUCGCCGAUGCGGGCGAGGGCGAGUCGAACGGGAAGAAUGCUGAGGCUGGUGGUGAGAUGAAGGGCGAAAUGAAGAAAUUUCAGGUCAAGAUGAACGGCGUUGCCCGUGGCAACAAGGCGAAGGAUUUCAGGAGGAAAACCCUUGCGGCGGCGAAUAUCGCGUUUCAACCGGUCGUGGGCAGCCCUUUACGGAAGCAGGAGUAA